GAGGCGGAGAUAUGCGGACCUCGCUGCGCAAGAGCAGCAAACAGCUGGCUGGCGACAUCUCUGGUGCGGUGAAAAAACGCUCAAGCACCAGCGGAGACGGCGGCUCUCAGGCGCGAGAGCCCCCGCAAUCGCCUCGGCCGCGAUCGCCUCGGCCGCGAUCGCCUCGGCCGUCGCUUCAGCAGGAUCAUGCGCCGCUGGUGGAGGUCAAGACGCAGAAACCGACGUCCAUCGAGGACUUCACCGUCCACGGCACCCUCGGCCAGGGUGGCUUCGGCACCGUGCUGCUCGUGGAGGAGACUGCGACGGGCGAGAUGCGCGCCCUCAAAGAGAUCUCGAAGCGCAACAUGAACAGCAAGGAGCACUGGGAGUGCGUGAUCGCGGAGAGCGAGGCGCUGCAGAAGCUCCGCCACCCGCUCAUCAUCAAGUUCUACGACGCCUUCCAGGACGCCGCGCACAUCUACUUUCUCCUCGAGCUCGCCGACGGCGGCACCCUCCUCCAGCAGCUCGAGAAGCGGGGCGGCCGCUUCUCCGAGGAGUGGUCGCGCUUCUACUGCGCCGAGAUCGCGCUCGCGAUCUCGUACGUCCACUCCCAGAACAUCGUCUACCGCGACAUGAAGCUCGAGAAUCUGCUCGUCUCCAACUCUGGCCACGUCAAGCUAGCCGACUUCGGCCUCGCGACGCAGCGGACGAACCGGCGGCAGGCUCUCUGCGGCACGCCACACAUGCUCGCCCCGGAGGUGCUUCUGAAGCGGGUCGUGUACGGCCCGUCGACCGACUGGUGGGGGGUCGGGAUGGUCCUCUGCGAGAUGCUCCUCGGCAAGUCUCCUCUCGCCUGGGUCAAGGGCCCGGAGGACAUCUCCUCGCUGCCAAACACCUUCAAGAAGAAGCUCCACCUCCCGCAGUGGGGCACGGUGCAAGUCUCAGACGACUGCAGGCAGUGCGUGGAGCAGUUCCUCGCCAUCAACCCGACCCAGCGCCUCAACUGCACAAGCGGCAUCGAGGAGAUGCAGCGCCACUCCUUCUUCGCGUCCGUCGACUGGUCCGCCAUGGACCGCGCCGAGUGCGACGCGCCGCUCGGCUCGAGCAGCAGCGAGGCGCCGCGCGCCAAGCUGAUGCGCAGCCGCAGCAACCCGGACGUGGAGGGGGAGGGCGGCGCGGGAGGCGAGGGGGGCGUCCGCGGCUCCUUCAACGAGGGGAGCGGCUCCUUCAUCGCAAACGAGGCGGGCUGGCUCAAGGUCACAGACGCGGCGGUCAAGGGCGACAUCAAGGAGCUGCGCCGACUCUUCAAGUCGGGCGUGCCGGUCGACGCGACAGACUACGACGAGCGGACCGCGCUGCAUGCCGUCUGCUCGUCCGUCGAGGACGGCGACCUCGCUCUGCGCGUCGCGCGCUUCCUGAUCGAAGAGUGCGGCGCCAGCGUGAACGCGCUCGACCGGUGGGGCUUCACCUGCCUGCAGGAUGCGGCGCGCUCCGGGCGCGUGGCGAGCAUCGGCCUACGACGGCGAGCGCUCUUCGGAGGCAAGGAGGCGGUGGUCGAGUUCUUGCAGUCCCGCGGCGCCGCGGGCGCCGUCAAGGCGAACGUGCAGCGGGCGAACAACGCAUUCAACUUCAACGAGGCAGCCGCCAACGGCGAUCUCGCCGAGCUCCGCCGCUUCGUCGCCGCGGGCGCGAAGGUCAACGAGGGCGACUACGACUCGCGCCGCGCCAUCCACAUCGCCGCUUCGGAGGGGAAGCUGGAGGUGGUGCGCUUCUUGGUGGACGAGGCCGGCGCGGACCAUUCCGUUGCCGACCGCUGGGGCUACACGCCGCUCGCCGACGCAAACCGCGCGCAGCAGCAUGCAGUCGCAGACUUCCUGCGCAUGCGGGGCGCCGAAGACCGCGAGGAGGAGGAGCGGCCGGUGGUGCGGUCGCGCGGCGGCGCGGGCUUGAACUCUGGCAUGUUUAAGGGCCUUUGUCGUCUGAACGCCUUGAGCGACCACUGCUCACUCGGGCCUCACUCCUCCCUGCUCCUCGGACGUAGGCUCUUUCCUCGGCGAGAAGAGCGACGACGCGCCAAAGAGAAAGAUGCCCGACCCGCUCGUGUGUGCUUCCCCUCGCGGGGCGCACGGUGCGACUCUCCAGGCAGGGUCACCGGAGCGCGUUUUCUCACAGGUGUGCCCUCUGAGCGGCGCGCGUUUCAACGCUCCGAUGGUGGCGGCCGACGGCUACACCUACGACCUGUCCGCCAUCGAGGCUAUGUGAAUAGCAUAGCUGUGAAUAGUAUAGCUGUGAACAGGCUACACCUACGACCACGCCGCUAUCGAGGCGUGGCUCGACAAGCGCGGGCCCGUCUCGCCGACGACAGGCGAGGAGAUGGAGAGCUCCGCCCUCAUCCCGAACCGCGUCGUCGGUGCCCUCAUCAACCGGCGCGCGGCGCGCAUCCAAAAGAAAGCGAUCAAGCUCACGCGCUCGCCGGAGUGCUUGGCCAACUUGCUCUUUUUCCUGGCGGCGCUGGUGGUGCUCGCUCUGGGCGUCGCGCACAUCGAGAGGACCACGCGCGACGAGGGGCACUUUGCAAGCAAUUCGUCGCUUGACGGCGCGGCGGGCGGGACGUGCCCGCAUCGCGCCCCGGGCAGUGUGGUCAAACAUGGCGUGGAUGGCGGCUUUAUGUACGAGGGCUACGACGAGCUAAAGCGGCGCCAUGACAUGGAGGCGGCCGAGGCCAUCUGACGGAGCAUCAGCGCGCCCCUAGCCGCGGGGCCAAUCCCCAGGGCCCCACACGCCGAACUCUGUGCCGCAACCAUCCAUGUUUCUCGCCCAAGCGAUUCGCGGCCUACGACUUGUCUUCUGCAUCUGGGUGUCGGUCGGCCCACGCAGCGCACCGCUUUGAGCGCCGACUCUACCGCCCUUUCAGAUUCACACACAGCCCCUCACCACAAUUAGUUAGGCUCGCCCGCACGCCGCACGCAGUCCCUUCCUUGCGUGUGUGUGUCGUGGGGGCGCGGAGAGAGAGGGACACACGAAUCUGUGACAACGGAACCGGAUUUUAUGCUAGUAAUGCCGUUUCGAAUGACCGAAAGAAA